AUGCACGGGCAACCAUGGCAUGGCCUGGCGGCCAUUGCUACCCUUGCGAGUUGCGCCCUUGCAAACCCUCUUGCGUAUUGGAACGUGGUAGGAAAUGCAAGCUUGAACACUGAGCGGUUGAUGGCGAGAAAUACUACUGAAUUCGACCUAGCAGAUCUUUCCUUCAUCAAAAGCAUGGCCGCCAUCGGUGACUCCUACUCGGCCGGCAUUGGCGCUGGUAGCCGGCUUGGAUCAUGCUAUGAUAAUUCGUAUCCUUAUCUUACCGAUGAACGGCUGGGGGAUCAAGCAGCACGCACUUUCUGGUUCGAAUCAUGUUCUGGGGCAGUCACGGACGAUGUCCUUAACGACCAGAUCCCUAACAUCAACGGGAACCAGCAGGUUAUAUUGCUAUCAGCUGGUGGCAAUGAUGCUGAGCUCUCAAACAUCCUGAACCAGUGUAUCUUCCAAUAG